GCUGCAUCUAGUGUCAAUUGUCAAAGUUGAUAAUCCGUUCUUAUAGUUUGAGAUUUUUAUAUCGAAUAUUAACAUUAGCCGGUAUCAUUUUAAAAGCCAAAGAAAUGGUUAUAAUUAAUUCUUUUAGAUACCCCGAAUCCGAUAUUAAAUGUGAACAUAAGGAUGUUAGAGUAUUCCUAGAUAAAAAAGAUUUGGGUUUGGGUACGUUAAUCGUUAGUGAAAGGACAUUUUGUUGGCAUCAAAGAGAAGAUAUUGGGUUUUCGAUUAGUUAUUCAAGUAUAUCUCUGCACGCUAUAUCUAAAGACGCCAAUGUACAUCCAAAUGCUUGUGUAUAUGUAAUGAUUGACGGGCAUUUUACUAUGCCGGGUGAUGUACCACCGGAGCCAGAGACCAAUGAUGAUAGCGAUGUAGAAUCAGAACCUGAUAUUUCAGAAAUAAUAGUAGUACCAGAAAAUGAGGAGUUGAUACAAGAAAUAUACAAUGCAAUUACACUUUGUCAAGAAUUAAAUCCUGAUCCAAUGGAUGAAGUAGAUGAAAGUGAUGAUAAUGAUGACAAUUUAUAUGAAGAUGCUGAAGACGAUAUGGAAGACGAAGAAAAUGAAAUAAGAGAAAGAGGUGGAGGAGAUGCAGACAUCGAUGAUCUUGCAAGAAGGAUACAAGCAAACAGUGUUGAUCUUCGGGUUAAUUAUAGAAAUGGUCACAAUGAUGAUGAUGAUUUCCAAGAUGCCGAUUAAUUGGUUAUAGAUUUAUAUUAUUUUGUACUUUUCUAAUAUAUUUAAAAUAAAUAUGCAUUAAAUUUUCUUUUUAGA